AUGACGAAUCACAGAACUCACAGUGUUAGUAUAUUCUAUGGAUAUGGCCAUGGAAAAUUUUCACUUCCAGUGAUAUAUACAACAGGUUAUGAUUCUCUACCAUCUUCAUUAGCCUCUGGAGAUUUCAAUAACGACAACUAUAUAGAUCUUGCUAUUACCAAUUAUGACACCAAUAAUGUUGGCAUACUUUUUGAAAACAGCAACAGAACUUUUGAAAAACAAAUCGUAUUUUCAACUGAACUUGAUUUCCAUCCAUAUUCAAUUGCUGCUGGUCAAUUUAAUGACGACGAAUUUGCUGAUAUAGCCAUCGCCAAUUCUGAAACACAUGAAAUAGGUGUACUUUUGAACAAUGCCAAUAGAACUUUCGCUAAUCAAGCUACCUAUUCAGUUGGUUAUGCUUCUCCAUAUACGGUCGAUGUUCAAGACUUCAACCAAUAA